AUGGAGAAAGGUAAGCAAAUAGACAUUGGCAACAGCAGCAGGCAAUAUAGUGGCAGCCGAGCUAAGAGCAAGAACAUGUCCAUAGAUCGUAGCAGAGUAAGAGUUUUGUUGUGUGACCGUGAUGCUGAGAGUUGUGAGGAGGUUUGCACACUACUGACAACAUGCAGUUAUCAGGUAAUAUCAGUAAGCUCUGCUGUGGAGGUGUUGGAUGCUCUGAAUGCCGAGUGGUCAUCCAUUGAUAUCAUACUUGCUGCAGUUGACCUUCCCAUAGAUGCAAGCAUGAGAAUGUUGAAAUAUAUAAUGCAGGAUCUGCAUUUCAAGCAUAUCCCAGUGAUAAUGCUGUUGACGCAGAACGAAAGCCGUUUUCUUUACAAUUUCUUAAAAUUUGGUGCUACUGAUUAUCUGGUCAAGCCACUAUGCAUUGAUGAGAUAUUAAACUUGUGGAUCCACUCUUGGAGGCAGAGGAAGCCUCCUAAGGGGCUCGAGCCGCCACAGAAGAGCAUUAGUCUUGUGGUUUCAGCUGAAGCAACUAUGAACAACAUCUUUAUCAGAGAUGAAGAGUUUCCAGAGGAUCCAGAGCCAACUUUGUGUGUAUCAAAAAAAUAA